AUGAAAGCGUGCACUUCACCACAGCCUCACAGGCACAGAAUGAGAAGGGUGUCGAAACCUGUGAUGGAGAAACGCAGACGGGAGCGUAUCAACCGCAGUUUGGAGACGUUGAGAGUUUUGAUGCUGGAGAACACACACAAUGAGAAAUUAACCAACCCUAAAGUGGAGAAGGCUGAAAUCUUGGAGAGUGUGGUGCGAUUCUUAAAGUCGGACAAAAAGGACGAGAUGGGUCAGCCUGCAAUAACGUCCGUUUUGUCAACCCAGGGGCAGCGCCCCAGUGUCCCCCCGCAGCGUCAUGAUGACCGGGAGGGCAUGAGGUCGUGUCUCCUCAGGAUCAGACGCUUCAUAGCCAGUGAUGAAUCAGGUUCCAACCAAGGGUCUCAAGAGCCCACUUCAGUGAGUCCACACAAACACGUCCACUCUCUGUAUGCUGCGCAUCAGAGUCAGCACCAGCUCCAGGAAGGCAUUUCCCAUGCUUACCAGCCCCAGGCGACCGUGUAUCAGUACUCCGACACCACAAAACAGCUCUCCUCCCCCACAGCCUGCGUCCAGAGUCCGGACCCUGUGUGGAGGCCCUGGCCUCAGUCAUGA